CAGGCAGCACUGAGGGUUCCAACAGAUUCAGGAUCUUAGGUCCGCCUCCAGCUGACAUGGGCGGAGAACUAUGAGGUGUAAAAAAGCUGGGAGCUGCGAGCGUCUGUUUUUGCCGUGAGAAGACUUCAGACAACAUGUCCCUUAUGCAAGACUAUGACUGUGUGGUGAUCGGGGCGGGAGUCCAGGGCUCCUUCGCAGCCUACCAGCUGGCUAAACAGAAAAAGAAGACUCUGCUGCUGGAGCAGUUCGUUUUGCCCCACACCCGUGGGAGUUCCCAUGGUCAGACUCGCAUUAUUCGCAAGGCCUAUGAGCAGGACUUUUACACCCAGAUGAUGGAGGAAUGCUACCAUCAGUGGGCUCAACUAGAGAAGGAUGCUGGUGUCAAACUGUACAGACAAACAGGACUGUUAGUCAUGGGACCAGAACACAGUGGGGAUUACCAGCUUUUCAAGAACACGUUGCAGAGGAACAAGGUCCCCACAGUGAUUUUGACCCGUGACAACUUCCCCCAGCACAUCCCAAAUGUCAUCCUGGCUGAAGGAGAUGGCGCUCUGGUAGAUGUAACAGCUGGAGAGCUGUUUGCUGACCGUGCUCUGAAGGCUGUACAGGGUCAGUUUCAGAAGUUGGGCGGAGUCAUAAGAGACAAUGAGAAGGUUAUGGAAAUCAAUCCUGGUCCUGUUGUCAAGGUGACGACCUCUGGAGGAGUUUAUCAAGCGAGGAGUGUGGUGAUCACGGCUGGACCCUGGACCAAUAAACUCCUGGCUCACACUGGAUUCCAGUUACCACUGGAGGUGGUUAAGAUCAAUGUGUGCUACUGGAAGGAGAGGGCUCCUGGGACAUAUGAUGUGAAGCAGCGCUUUCCGUGCUUCUUGGUCACUGAAAGUGUGGAGACCAAAGAACACAUCUAUGGCCUUCCGUCCAAUGAGUAUCCAGGCCUGGUAAAGAUAUGCUACCACAUGGGCAGCAAGACCGACCCAGAUUACAGAGACCUGCAGACGGAUAAGUCUGAUAUUGAUAUCCUGAAGCGUUAUGUAGCCAGAUCCAUGCCUGGCCUGAUUCCUGAACCUGCUGUGGUGGAGAGCUGCAUGUAUACAUUAACACCUGAUCGCCACUUUGUGCUAGAUUACCAUCCCAACUACAGCAAUAUCAUCAUCGGAGCAGGAUUCUCAGGUCAUGGCUUCAAGUUUGGACCAGUCAUUGGGAAGCUUCUGUGUGAGCUCUGCCUGGGAGAAGUACCCUCCUUUGACCUUUCACCUUUCAGAAUCAGACGAUUCCAGUCAAACACCAAAUCAGCUUUAUAGGGUUGGGCCUGGAUUCAUGAAAUCUUGCUCCAAUUGUUUAAGAUUGUUGUUAUAAUUCUCAGCCAAUUGUCAGUUUACAUGGUAUAGCCAAUUUUAGAGCUCUUAAAGACAUUCAUUGUUUUCAUAUCCAGGUUUAGAAGUGUUUAACAACUGUUUUUUGCUCUACUUGGAUUUCUGUUUUACUUUACCUAAAUAGUUGAAGUCACUGUCUACUAAAGGGAAAUAAGUAAUGUUUAAACCUUUGUGAAGUAGAAAAGCAAAGUAUGCUUUUAGAGGAAAAUAAUUUCAUAAGUAAAAAGUGCACCACGUAUACUUUUAAACAAGGUGUUUUGCUUUCUCCUCUGAUCACUGUUUUCCUUCUUUGUCAUUUCAUGGAUCUUACUUAUUCAUUAUGACUUGAUUAUCAAAUGUAAGAGAAUGAAUUUGUACUAAUUGACUGGACUGAAUAAAACAGAAUAGCCAACCUCUUCCAAGACUAAACAUUAAUGUGGAACACACAAAAUUUCAUGUGUAUCACCAGAUAUAUUUCCUAAUGGUGCUGUUUACAUCUAAGAUACACCAGUUUAUGAUUAAUGUCCCCUUUUUUAAGACAUGAUUAAUCUAUCCUUAGUGUUAUUUUUGGAACACCUCCUUAAAUAGUUUGCUUGGGAUUGGGUCUAACAUACAAGUUGAAGGUUUAGAUGAAGCUAAAAUUUUAGAUAACUCAGAAAGCUCUUUGAGAUUAUGAGAUUACAGAGACUAGACUGCAAAAUCGGUUACCGUGGAAAUUACAGAUAAACAGACUCUGGGGGCAGAGUCUGACAUACUUGGAUUGGACAGAAUGACUGAUUACGGGAAAAAAUGUCAGCUAGGACACAUCUGCAUUAUAGUAUGAUCCUCUCCACCAAUGUGAUGAAUGGAACACUGAUAUCAUCCUGGGCACGCCCCUGAAUGGGUGUACACAAUUGGUCCUACUUGAUGUCUGUGUGAGUAAUGAACGGGGCUCUCGGACGUCCGGAAAUCUGCCCGUCGCGUUGUUGUGUAUGAGAGCCCAGUACUGAAGCUGUAAACAUCUUUCUGCCUUUUAGAUUAAAUAUGGUAAAAUAUA